AUGGCUGGACCGCACAGAACGUCGCUUUCUCUGCCGGAAGAAUGCCAUGCACGCGUCUUUUGGGCAGCUCAUAUCCUCUAUUAUCUCACAAAAAACCAAAGCCACGAAGAGCUACUGAAAGCUGAGAACACCGUGGAAAGCGGCAGUCAGACUGAUGACUCGAGUGAUCAUGAGACAGACUACGAGACAGAGAAGAAUAUGAUGUUGUCAGGGCCUCGAGAUUCUAUUCGCCAGAAAUUCCUGGACUGUAUUGCACAAUUGCUGUCGCCGUGUAAGGGAUGGGACGGGGUUACUGCAACGGCGAUACGGGAAGGAGAAGCCGGAGUUGAGGUUGACAUCGCAAGAAAUGAUGGUUUUCUUUCUGGUGGAGAUUGCUUUGAUAGUGAGAUUAUGGGAUACUGCAAGAUGUUAGAGGAAUAUCUGGAAGGUAAUACUGGAGGCUUACAGCUGUCUCAAAUUGCCACAGGUCCGGCAGGUGUUGUCGGACACCUUUGGGAUUCAGGGUGGCAUGAGACUCUGGAGCAAGCUGAAUUUUAUCGCUAG